CCUACCAUCUGUUCAGGGUCUGCUGCAACUCUCUCACUCGCUUCAAGCGUUGAAAAGCUGAGAAGUAUACGUCCACUGCCUGCGCUCCUGCUUCAUGUCCGCGUCAAGAUUGGGAUCUAAUUCAGCCGUGACAUUACGUGGAACGGGGCCUUUCCGUCACUCGGACGACAUCCUUCAUCCAUAACGACCAUCCUACCACUUUCAUGUAACUAUUGUGGUUGCGGCAGAUAAGUCAUUGCAGCCUCGCCAUUCCACCCGACGUCACCACAAUGUCGAUGCCUUACAGUCAAUCCCGCUCCCCUCCCCCCUUGGUCCACCCCCGACCUUCCCACAUCUCUCAACCUCCACCAGAACCCAUCACCCCGGACCCUUCCUCGCCCUACAAUCCUCCCAGCCGACUCUCUGUCGAACAAGCUAGAGCAUCGUUUGACGCUGUUCGGCAGAGCUCGGAGGGAUAUACGAGGUACAGCAGCCCGCCUGUCCAAGGGUACUCUUCGGGCAACUCGUUUGGGCUAGGCGGAAUGCCGACGCAGAUGGUACCCGGAGCUGGAGCUGGAGCUGGAGCUGGACAGGGAAUGUCAAACGACUACGCUCCUGCCACUCAAUCGUUCGGAAGCUUCGGUGCCGCUCAGAACCAGAAGCAACAACAACCUUACGGCGGUGGAUUCGCCGGGCCCAGCUCUGCCUCGGGUCAUAACAAUCUUGGAGCGGGAGCCGGGGGAAUGUACAACCCUGGGAUGCAUGGCGCGCCAACACAGCCUGGACAAGGGUUCCAGUCGAUGAUGGGAGGAUUCGGCCAAUGGCCCAUGGUCGGAAUGAACGAAGCCACGGCGAACAUGAUCGGGAAAGCUGGACAGGAUUACGUCGAGAAGAAUGUCUCUCGAUACCUUCCCCUUCCACUCCUCAAGACCUCCUUCUCCGUGACCAACUCUUACGUGCUCAAGAAACUCCGACUGGUCCUCUUUCCCUGGAGACACAAGUCGUGGUCCCGUAAAGUCUCUAGAAGGGGCAUGUCCGGUGAUCAAGGCUCCAACGGAUCAGGAGGCGUCGAAGGAUGGAUGCCUCCUCGAGACGAUAUCAACGCCCCGGAUCUCUACAUUCCCACCAUGGCACUGGUCACCUACACCUUGCUCGCCGCGUUCGUUUCGGGUAGCCCCGAGGUCCUCGGAAUCUGCCUCAGCAAAUCGUUUGCGAUCGUCAUGUUCGAGUUCCUUUGCAUUCGACUCGGCUGUUAUCUGCUGGACGUAAGAGGCAGCGGAGCGAGCGGGGUCGAACUGAUCGGAUACGGUGGUUACAAAUUUGUCGGUAUCAUCAUCACCAUCUUGGCAUCAUUCCUCAGCCUCGGCAGGGUGUUCUACCUAGCCGUCUUUUUCUAUACGUUUGCAGCCAAUGCCUUUUUCCUGCUCCGUUCGUUGAAAUACGUGCUCCUGCCCGACCCAUCUGCGGCUCCGUCCCACGAACCCGUUGUGAUCAUCACGCACGCGCAACGUUCCAGGAGGGUACAGUUCCUCUUUGUCGUCGCGAUGGUGCAGGCCAUCUUUAUGGGCUGGCUCGUCCGAGUGUAGACACAAGAUAGCAUGGAAGCAGGCUAGACUAGAGUAGAUAUGGUAUAUGCAUGGCUGGACCAACCUGUCGAGGCUCCAGUCGAUAUCAAGACUCAUUAUUGUCGGGGUUGUCACCACCGUUAUGACUCAUGACGAACGCGCAUCCAUGUGACUGACUCGGGCUUUUUGAGAUCUG